AACUGAGCUAAUUGCAGCCUUCAUUCGCCCGCGCGUCCUACGCCGGCACCCGCUGCCAUUCCCUCCGAUGCCGUCUGCCAUCCUUACGCGACGAUAGCCCCGAUCCCGACUCCCGACGAUCUGAAGAGCACUUUCCCCCGCGACUGCCAGCAGUUGCAGCAGGAACAGCAGCAGCGAGGAUGGGCUUCGUCGGCGUGUACAAGGCCGUGUACGACUACACGCCCCAGGCCGAGGGCGAGCUGCAGAUCGCCGAGGGGGACUUGCUGUACGUGCUGGAGAAGAGCACCGAGGAUGACUGGUGGAAGGCCAAGAAGAAGGCGACUGGCGAGGACGAGGACGAGCCAGUCGGCCUGAUUCCCAACAACUACAUCGAGGAGGCCCAACCCCAAGGGAAAGCCCGCGCCCUCUACGAGUACACCAGACAAACCGACGAGGAGCUCUCGUUCCCCGAGGAUGCGCAGCUCACAGUCUUUGACACGUCCGAUCCGGACUGGAUCUUGGUGGGACACGAUGGAGACUAUGGCUUUGUCCCUGCAAACUACAUUGAACUCUCUGGCGAGGCAGAGAGCAAGCAGGACGUGGCUGCCGAGCCGCCCGCGCCAGCGGCGCCUCCGCUCCCGGCUCGGAGUCCUAGCGUUGAUGUGCAAAGCCCGCCGCUCCCAGCUCGGAAUCCGGUUCCCUCGGAGCCCAGCAGCCCUGCCACUCCGGCCGCGCCGAACCCGGCCACCAUGAUCGCUGGUAUGAUGGCUGCCCGGGCGGGCUCGUCCCAUCAGCCCCCAGCCCCGCUCAAUGAUCUCCCGCCCCGGCAGGAGUACGCCUCAGAGGAAUCCGAUAGUGAGGUGAAAUCCCCACCUCUCCCGGCACGGCCGCGCGGCGACUCCCACCUCUCAGUAGACCCUCCCCGGCCAUCCCCGCCCGCGGGGGGGCAUCGUAGUCGCGACGAUUAUGAGCCCCCUCGGACCCCAGGAACGGCGCCCCUCACUCCCGGCGAUUUCCAUAUGUACAAUAUCAACGAGAUGGUUUCCAUCAUGGGCAAGAAAAAGAAGAUGCCGACAACCCUGGGCAUCAACCUGCGGACCGGUAUCAUCCUAAUCGCCCCGGAAUACGCCCAGGACGGCCCCUCGUUGGAGUGGACGGCCGAUAAGAUGACGCACUACUCGCGCGAGGGCAAGCACGUGUUCAUGGAGCUGGUCAAGCCGAGCAAGAGCGUCGACUUCCACGCGGGCGCUAAGGACACCGCGGAGGAGAUUGUCGCCAUGCUGGGCGAGCUGGCAGGCGCGGUGCGCGCCGAGGGCCUGAGGGAGGUGAUCAUGGCGGGCACGGCGAAGAAGGGAAUCGUGCAGAAGAAGGGCGUCGUCAUGUACGAUUUCAUGGCGCAGGGCGACGACGAGGUCACGGUCGGCAUAGGGGACGAAGUCAUCAUCCUGGACGACACCAAGAGCGACGAGUGGUGGAUGGUGCGCCGCGUCAAGAACCAGAAGGAGGGCGUCGUGCCGAGCAGCUACAUCGAAGUCACGGGGAUCCUGGACACGCCCGUGGCCUCGUCAGCGCCGGGCAUCACUGCGGGCAUGUCCACCGUCGAGCAGAACCGUCUGGAGGAGGCGCGCCUGACCAAGGAGGCUAUCAAGGCCGGGCAGCGGGAGGAUCAGAGGGAAAGAGAACGGGAAAAGAGAGCGCAAGAGGUAGGCCCUGGGUUCCCUUUGCCCGAGCGGAGUAGUAGUCUGUCGGUCAGAAAGGGUAACACCGAGGGGCAACAGCGAAGCAGACACGAGAACGGCCGUGCUGAGGCCCCGGGCUCGUCCAGGUCUAGCGGCAAGUCAAAGCCUGAUCCUUCCAAAGUCCGCACGUGGACAGACCGUUCGAAGUCCUUCACCGUCGAGGCCCAAUUCCUCGGUAUCAAGGACGGCAAGCUCAACCUUCACAAGCUGAACGGGGUCCGGAUUGCCGUGCCGAUUGCUAAGAUGUCCCUCGAGGAUCUGGAGUAUGUCGAGCGUAUCACUGGCAUUUCUCUUGACGAGGACAAGCCUUUGUCCGAUCUCAAGAAGAGGGCCGCUACCAGCGAGCCUUCCCGGAGCAACCCGGCCCCGAAGGUUGGCGCUACGGUCGAGCCCAAGAAGCCCGAGUACGACUGGUUCCCGUUCUUCCUCUCCUGCGACGUCCAGCCGGCAUUGUGCGAGCGGUAUGCCCAAGCGUUCGCGAGGGAGUCCAUGGACGAGACCGUCCUGCCGGACGUCGACGCGACCGUGCUCCGAAAUCUGGGUUUCCGCGAGGGUGAUAUUAUCAAAGUCAUACGGUACUUGGAUACGAAGUAUUGUCGUGACAGGAAAGGCGGCGAUGAAGCGUCUGGUGGCCUAUUUUCCGGACCGGGGGGCACCCUGCGGAACAACACUAGGAAAGGGCGGCCGGCUCCUCCGGUUGAGACCAACAACACCGUCGAUCCAAAGGCAUUUUCCCAGCAGAAGGACGCCGGUGCGACCGAGACCAAGGGUGCGUCUCCUACAACGUCAGCAACUUCAACUUCUGCUGCCGCUUCAAAGCCCGCCAGCGGUUUCGAUGACGAUGCGUGGGAUGUGAAGCCCUCCAAAACCCCGGAACCGGCGCCGCAGCAAGCGCCUGCGCCGCCCGCCGCCUCUGCUGCCCCGGCAGCCACCAGCACUCCUGCCGCGGCCCCUGUCGCCACUGCCGCUGCCACUCCCGCGCAGAGCACCGCGACGCUCACGGGAUCCAUGCAAGAGCUGUCUCUGCUUAGUCAACCACUGGAGCCGGAGAAGGUGCAGCCUCCGGCCCCAGCUCCGCCCCCUCUAAACCUAGCGCCGGCUCCGGCGCCCGCCCCGGCUCCGGCACAGGUUCCGCAGCCCACUGGUGCAACCCCCGGUUUCUUCAGCGGCAUGCAACCGCCGGCCGUCAACGGUCAAGCACAGCAGUUGGCCCAGCAGCUUCCCCAGACCAUCGCCCGGCAAAGACCUAUGGUUCCGCAGUACACCCAAGGCCAAGGCGGCCUGAUGCCACCUCCGCCCCCAUCCCGACCGCUCUCGGCUCCCCAGUCCGCACAGCCUAGCGCCUUUGGACCCCCGCCCCUGCAGCCGCAGAUGACGGGCUAUCCGCAAACCCAGGUCGCUCCGCCGGGGCAGAGCCUGAAUGACCUUAGCCAACAGCGUCUCCAGCAGCAGUAUACCCAAGCCAUGCAACAGAAAAUGGCCCAGCAGCCGCAGCCAAUGAUGCCCAUGGUGACCGGCAUGCCGCAGCAACAGAGCUUCCCGAUGCAAGGGCCGUUCAUACCCCAGCCGACAGGCAUGACCGCGCCCAUGCAAGCCCAGCCGACUGGCUUCAUGGCCGGCUUUCCGCAGCAGCAGCAGCAGCAACCUAUGCAGCCUCAGAUGACGGGCCUUCCGCCACCGCUCGAGCCUCAGCGGACGGGCAUGCCUCUGAUGGGGAUGGGAGUGGGCGGUAUGGGCGUCGGCAUGGGCAUGGGAAUGGGCAUGGGCAUGGGAUUGCAGCCCCAGCCGACGGGGAUGGCCAAUCCUUCUGCUGUCGGCGGAUUCGGUGCUGUCGGAGGGGGGCUGCAGCCGCCGACCGCGCAGCCGCUCGUGCCCCAGAAGACGGGCCCGCCGCCGCCCGUUCGGUUCGGCGUGACGCCCGAGGCCAAGAAACUCGCGCCGCAGCCGACGGGGAGGCGGGCGAACCUCGCUGCUGCUACGCCGGAUAACCCGUUCGGGUUCUGAUUCCAGCGAGAUGCCAAUGACAGAAAAGAUGCUAGUUUGUCGUGUGAAUACCUGCAGCGUCGCUUGCCGGACAUUUCUGGCAAUGCUUGGUCAUUGCCGCGAGCGGUGUUCUCUCAGACCAAAGUCCAGCUUACCAGGAAACAAGGAGAGAGCAGCGGCAUUCCGGAGACAUGCUUUCUCCGAACGCCGUGGUAACCGUAUCUAGACAAGACAAGGCUGAUUCAAGUGCCUGGAGACGAUAGAAGGCCAAGGGGAAGGUGGAU